AUGACGAAGUCUAUUUCAUCAUUACUUAUUAUCCUUAUCUUCUUUUUCCUAACAACUGUUAUUGAAGUAACUCCUGAUUCACAUUUUGUUCGACCAUAUCCUAAAGUGAUUGGUUCAAAUAGAAAUCGUGCUGCAUCAUCAUUAUUCAAUGUUCUACAUCCCGUUAUUCCAUUUAAAGAAUCUAUUGAUCCAUCGGAACCAUUUCAAUGUCCUCAAAGUCAACAAUAUAUUGCUCUCCAAUUUAUUUGUCAUGGUCAUCCAGGUGAUUGUCCUGAUAGCCUUGAUGAAAAUGAAGAAGCAUGUAUUGCAGCUAAACGUCUAGCAAAGGAAAAUAUUGAAAAAUUUCUUCAUGCUGCAUAUACAUUUCUUUUUACUGAGAAAACAUUUAUGUCAUCGGGUGAUCUUGCACAUUUUCGAAAUAUUUUUCAAUUAAUUCAUGAUGGUCGAUUAGAAGAUAUUCCUUUGUUUGCACAAGAAGCUGUUAAUCAAGGUCUUGCAGCCUUAGUUGAAAAGCUCGAUGAUUCGGGAUUUAUGGAUUAA